AUGAAUCCGACCUGUAGUAUCAUUGACUGCUGCGAGCCUUGUGUCGAUGAACUAGAGGCUGUCAUGAAUUGCAUUGCUCAAGAUGCCUUGGACAUCACCCAACAGGAGUCAAAUAGCGAUUGUGUUCUGACGUGCACUGCAACCAGUCGUCGUCAUAGGCGUCAAUUGGAACCAGAACGAAAGAUGGCUGGCCAUGAUGGAAACACGGCUAAUAACUUAUUCGACCAAAUGCUUUCGCCAGAAACCAUAUUGGCAGAGUGUGGUCUCCUUUUCGAGACAGCAGAUGGAUUGAACGGAUUGAGAGCAGGAAUCGAGGAGCUUUCAACACGUAUUGUGGAAGGAGCAUUCUUCAAAUGCCUCUUUGAAAGUCUCAUUACCUUGGCGGAUCAAGGAGCCAGAGAAAGCAGCAACGCAAAUGCUCCCUCUCCCACAGCAGCGCCUGAAACAGCGGUUGGUUCUGGGCAUUUUUCUAGUCCAUCAACGCUGAUAUAG